AUGUCAAAUGAGUCUGGAAUUAAUGACAGCAGUAAUACUGUUCGUGGUUUUAGGCUGUUUAAUAAUUUAGGUAGGUUUGUGUUGCAACAGCAUGACAAUAAUCAAGGUUUGGUAGGUGCCAUCUUGAGGCAAAGACCACAUAUUUCCCAAAAUUUUCAAUUGCCACAAGAAAUGCAAAGAAAUGUAGUACCACGUUUAUCAGAUAAUGAUGAUGUUUCCUUAGCUAGACGCAGGCAAAAUGCUCAAUGUGUUGCCUCUUUACGUCGAUUGGAAUCGACUGAUCAGGCCAAUAAUAGGCGGCAUAAUGAUGCUGUUAGACAUGCGGCUAGGCGCAAUGCAGAAUCAGCUCAGCAAACUCGCAACAGACAAGUUAUGGAUGCUCAACGGCACGUUGUUGCUAGACAAUUAGAAUCUAAUGAGCAGGCUGCCAAUAGACGUGCUGAAAAUGCUCAUAGACAAGCCAUGGCUCGAGAAAUGCAUAAUGCGCCGUAUUAUAAUAUUGCACGUCAAAAUCUUGGGGAAUUAUUAACAAAUACAGAUACUGUUCAGGCAAAAAACUUUCAGUCAAAUAUACGUAAGUAUAAUAGUGCCGUUGCCUUUGCUUCUUUUGGAGCAAACCUUCGCCCCCCACCUGGCCGUGGACCACCAUGCUUUCGUAUCUGUGGUCAAAUAUGGCAUCGUGUUGGGGGUCUUUACCCUCCUGAAGGACAAACCCCUGUUUUUAACCAACUUUAUAUUUAUAAAGCAGGUAGGGCUCUCAACGAAAGAAUGGCACGCCAAGAAAAUAAUGGCUGUCGUGAAGACGUGAUGCGAACUGUUCAAGAUGUUAUGGACAGAGCAGCAGCACAAAACCGUGCUCCAUCUGAAGUGCGUAUGUACAUGAGAGUUGGCAAUGACCAAAAGCGCUACAACUUGCCACAUCAUGAUGAAGUUGCGGCAGUAUUUGUUGGCCAAGAUGGAGCACCUCCUGGAAACAGGGAUGUUGUUAUCUAUCCGCGUGGAGGUGAUUUACAGAAUAUUUCCACAAUGUCUGCAAACUUGGAUCCAAUGGUGUAUCCUCUUUUUUUUCCAAGGGGUGAACCAGGUUGGCAUAAUAGGAUACCUCAUGUUGCUGUACGUGCAACCCGUACUCGCAACACUACUACAAUGUUGCAGUAUUAUACUUACCGUUUAGCUGCUCGGGAAUAUUUCAGCCCGAUUCAUUAUGGUAAGAAAUUGUUUCAGCAGUAUUGUGUUGAUUCUUAUGUUAAAGUUGAAGGUAAUAAUUUAAAUUACAUUCGAGCAAAUCAAACCAACCUUCGUGUUGAUAGUUAUGAAGGUUUAGCUGACCAUUUGAAUGCAUGA